AUGAUUUCCACGAGGGUCAUGGACAUCAAGCUUCGGGAGUCUGCAGAAGGCCUCGGGGAGGACAGCACAGGAAAGAAGAAAUCUAAAUUCAAAACCUUCAAGAAGUUCUUUGGGAAGAAGAAGAGAAAGGAAUCGCCUUCAUCCACGGGGAACAGCACCUGGAAGCAGAACCCGGCCAAGAGCGAGGUCAUUGCCAUYGAGUCCGGGCCAGUGGGCUAUGACUCCGAGGAUGAACUUGAGGAGUCCAGGGGCACGCUGGGCAGCCGGGCCCUCUCGCACGACAGUAUUUUUAUUCCUGAGUCGGGACAAGACCCUGCUCGGCCGGUGCGGGUAUUUUCCCAAGAAAAUGUGUGCGACCGGAUUAAAGCCCUCCAGUUAAAAAUACAAUGUCAUGUGAAAAUGGGGCCGCCUCCUCCGGGGGGGCUUCCUGCCAAGCGGGCAGAGGAUACCGGCAUGAGCUCCGAGGAUGACGGGCUGCCCCGGAGCCCCCCUGAGAUGUCCCUGCUGCACGACGUGGGUCCGGGCAUGACCAUAAAGGUCUCUUUAGUGUCCUCGUCCCGGCCACAGUCUCCAGAGCCCACGAGCGACGCCACCAACUCCUCCCGGACCUCGGAGAGCAGCCUGGCGCCCGUGGCUGAUUUCAGCUGCCCCCCAGAACUCUCCUCCUGCCUGGACAACUCGGCAGCCAGGCACAAGCUCCUGGUCAAGCCCCGCAACCAGCGGUCCAGCAAAAUGAGGCGGCUGUCUUCGCGGGCCCAGUCUGAAUCCCUGUGCGAUCUAAUAGGCACCCCAGAAGAGGAAGAAUAUGAUGAGAAGCUUUGGCCUCAAGUCAGCACAGAAGAGAACCCCAGCUCUGGACAAUAUGAUCUGAUGCUGCAUAGAGACCCUGAGCCUCGGGGACUGGUCACCUUGCUGCCACCUGGGGGACCCCGUGCCAGACGUGCCCGCCUACAGCACUGCCCAGCACUCAGUGCUAGCGUUGAGGAUGGACUCUCCCCUGGGGAUGAUGUCUCAAACUCCCUAGUGAUCCCGGAAGUCAUUGAGCCUGUGGCAGUCUCAGCCCCAUGCUUGGAGUCCCCAUCUCUGCCAGAAAGCUCCCUGCAUCCUAGUUCUGACCAUGAAAUCCAGCACAGUGAAAUCCAGAAGAGGGGCAAAAUCCAGGACAGUGAAAUCCAGAAGAUGGGGGAAAUCCAGGACAGUGAAAUCCAGAAGGACAGUGAGAUCCAGAAGAGUGGUGAAAUCCAGAAAGAAAGUGAAAUCCAGAAGGGGGGCGAAAUCCAGAAGAUGGGGGAAGUCCAGAAGGACAGUGAAAUCCAUAAGGACAGUGAGAUCCAGAAGAGGGGUGAAAUUCAGAAGGACAGUGAAAUCCAGAAGAGGGGUGACAUCCAGGAGGACAGNAUCCAGAAGAGGGGUGACAUCCAGGAGGACAGUGAAAUCCAGAAGAGGGGUGACAUCCAGGAGGACAGUGAAAUCCAGAAGAGGGGUGACAUCCAAGAGGACAGUGAAAUCCAGAAGAGGGGUGAAAUUCAGAAGGACAGUGAAAUACAGUUCAGGGACGAAAUCCAGGAGGACAGCGAAAUCCAGAAAAGGGAUGAAAUCCUGAAAGACAGUGAAAUCCAGAAGAUGGAAAUCCAGGAGGAGAACAAAAUCCAGGAGAGUGAAAUCCAGAAAAACAGUGAAAUCCAGGAUAUCGAAAUCCAGGAAAGUGAAAUCCAGAAGGUCAGUGAAGUCCAAAAGGAGCCGCCCAUCGCAGGCCCAUGUCCCCUAGUCACGGGCACAGCUGGGGAGGAGGUGUGUGCUUCUGGAGAGAUGGGAAGUCCACCAGCAGCCUGUGCCUCUGAGAGGAAUGUGGCUCCUGCCCAGACUGUCACCACCACCAUCACCUUGGAGACACCCCCGGAUCCAGAGGGUCCAGGCCGAAGCCUGCAGGAGGAAGUGGGGCCCGCACUGGCAGUGCCAGGACCCGACGGAGCCGAGGGAGAGCCCCCCGCCCUGGCCCCCAGCCCUCCGAUGCCCAAGAGCUGCCUGAAGCACAGGGCGGCCAGCGUGGGCCUGGCCGGGUCCCCGGUGCAGGGCGCAGGGCGGUCACCCCCACGGGAGCGCAGCCCGGGUGCCCCGGACACAGAGGCCCCGCGCGCAGCCCGCGCCAAGGCCGAGCGGGCGGAGCCCUCCCAGGGGGCACCCGAGAGGGCAGCGCCGGCGCGGAAAAGCGGGAGAGGUGGCGGGGAGCUGCGCAGCGUGAAGAAGUUCUCGGUGUCCUCGAGCAGGGCGCGGUCACGGCCCAGCGCCACCAGAGCCCCRGAGCCCGCUGGGGCCCCGGGUCCCCGCCUGCCGCUCCUGAGGAGCAGCGGCCUGGCCUGGAAGAGCGAGGCGGCGCUCGACGACCUCCAGGGGCUCCCUGACCCGCUCAUCGCGAAACCAGACCCUCCGAAGCCAGCGGAGUGCGACCCUCGGGACUCGGGGGACAUUGUGGGCGGCCAGGCCCGGCCCAGCAGAAGCCCCCAGAAUGGCAARAGCACUCCAAGCGGCGCAGAGGCCGGCCCCGCCGCGCAGGAGCCACCCCCGAGCGAGGACAGAAACCCCUUCCCCGUCMAGCUGCGCUCCACCUCCCUCUCCCUAAAGUACAGAGAGGGCCCUUCCCAGGAGGCGAAAGGCGUCAAGAGGCACAGUGCGGAGGUGCGCUUAGAGAGAGGACUGACUCUGCCCUCCAAAGACGAGCAGGGUCACACGGGGGCCACCCCGGCUCUUCGAGGUGCCAGGUCUCCCACUGGCCAAGGAAAGGGGAAGGCCCGGGCACCUGAGCAGGUCGGCUUCAAGCCACCACUGCCCAGGAAGCCACUUCUGCAGAGCUUCACCCUCCCGUACUCCUCUGUGGCCCCAGAGGCCAGUCCUGGAGAGCCAGAGAAGGUCACCCCACCUGUGGACUCCAGGAAGGAGAGUAGGAUACCGGAGAAGAAGUCGCAGCACAGGGGAGCAGAAAAGAGUCUGCCAGCAGGUCCCGGAGCUGAUGGGCAGCCCACACCACCCUGGAUCACCAUGGCCCGGCAGAAGCGGCGAGGGCCCCCAGACCAGCCCCUCAACCAGGAAGACAAGCCUGGGGUGCCGAUCCUGAAACCAGAAACAGGAAAGCAGACCAAGGCAUCCGACAGAGCCCAGGAACCCGUGAAGCAAGCCGACUUUGUCCGCAGCAAGUCUUUCCUGAUGACCCCUGCUAAGCCCACUGUGACCCAGAGGCAGGGGGCAAAGCUCAGUCUCAAGGAGGGUCUGCAACGAGGAAUCUCGCUGUCCCAUCAGAACCUGGCGGCUCAGUCUGCGGUGAUGACGGAGAAGGAGUUGCAUCAGCUGAAGAGAGCCAGUUAUGCUAGUGCAGAUCAGCCUUCCUGGAUGGAACUUGCCAGAAAGAAAUCUCAAGCAUGGAGCGACAUGCCCCAAAUCAUAAAAUAG